UCAUGACCGAAACUUUGCUCUGUAAUUACCAGAUUAGCACACUGCACUAAUGACGCUAAUGAUUGUUGUAUAAAAGGAGAAGCUCGCCUUAACUCUGCGUUGACAUUGGCAUUGCUUCCUGAGUUCUGAAUUUUGUAGAGACAGAUCGCGAAAAACGCAGCGUUGUUUUUGACAAUGGCGACUUUGAAGGUUCCUGCUCAGAUUCCUUCUCCGGAAGACGACUCUGAGCAAUUGCGCAAAGCUUUUCAAGGAUGGGGAACGGACGAAGGACUUAUAGUAAAAAUCCUGUCUCAUAGAAAUUCAGCUCAGCGCGAGUUGAUUCGUGCAGCUUAUGCUUCAGCUCAUGGAGAGGAUCUUCUUACAUCGUUAGACAAAGAACUUUCAAGUGACUUUGAGCGGAUUGUGAUGUUAUGGACUUUGGGUCCUGCUGAGCGCGACGCCCUUUUAGCUCAUGAAGCCACCAAGAAAAAAGUGACUUCACCAAACAACUUUAUCCUUAUGGAAAUCGCUUGCACCAGAUCUCCACUUGAACUCUUUAAGACAAAGCAAGCAUAUCAAGCUCGUUACAAACGUUCCAUUGAAGAGGAUGUUGCCUACCAUACUUCUGGGGACUUUCGCAGGUUGUUGGUUCCUCUUGUGAGCACAUUCCGUUAUGUGGGGGAUGAUGUGAACACGACAUUGGCAAAAACUGAGGCUAAAAUACUUCAUGAGAAGAUUGCAGACAAGGCCUACGGUGAUGAGGAAUUAAUUAGGAUUUUGACAACAAGGAGUAAGACACAGUUAAAUGCAACACUAAAUCACUACAACAAUGAGUAUGGUAAUUCCAUAACCAAGGAUCUGAAAACUGAUCCGGAUAAUGAAUACCUGAAAUUAUUGAGAUCAACGAUUAAGUGUUUUAUUUUCCCCGAAAAAUAUUUUGAGAAAGUUCUAAGGUUGGCAAUAAACAAGAUGGGAACCGAUGAAUGGGCCCUUACUAGAGUGGUAACAACCAGAGCUGAGGUUGAUUUGCAGCGAAUUGCAGACGAAUACCAAAGAAGGAAUAGCGUUCCUCUGGACAUUGCAGUAUCCAAAGACACUUCUGGAGACUAUAAGGACAUGCUUCUUGCCCUGUUGGGACGUGAAGAGUAAGAGCUCCCUUCUCUGUUUAGCUGACUUGGGAUUGCUGCUUAGGCUAUAAUAUGAUUCUCCUUUCAUCAUCAAUGCGACCUUCGAUGAGCUAAUGAGCAUCUCUGGACACUAUAUAAUGAUGCUUAAUGCUUAUAAUAGGGAUGUAUGAACCAUCUUGGUAUUUUACAAAUAAUAUGUCUUGAAUAUGAAA